AAUAGGCAUAGCCCGUCGUAGUACAGAGAGACAGUCCGAAGAGAGAGAGAGGAAGAAGAUGGCAGGAGGAGCAGUGACGGAGUUGAGUAGUGGGAAGAUGUUUGGAGGAUACAAUAAGAGAUACAAACAUUACAGCAACACACUUGGUUGUGAAAUGAACUUUCAUAUUUACUUUCCCAAUUCUGAUUCCAACAAAUCAUUCCCAGUUCUUUAUUGGCUCUCUGGUCUCACUUGCACCGAUGAGAAUUUCAUCUUCAAAUCCGGUGCUCAACGUGCCGCUUCCGAACACGGUGUUGCCUUGAUCGCCCCUGACACCUCUCCAAGAGGCUUGAAUGUUGAUGGUGAAGCUGAUUCCUGGGACUUUGGUGUUGGUGCGGGAUUUUAUCUCAACGCUACACAAGAGAAAUGGAAGAAUUGGCGCAUGUAUGACUAUGUUGUCAAGGAAUUGCCAGAGCUUCUAAGUCAUAACUUUCCACAGCUUGACACAUCAAAAGCUUCCAUAUUUGGCCAUUCUAUGGGUGGGCAUGGUGCACUAACUAUCUACCUGAAAAAUCUCGAUAAAUAUAAGUCAGUUUCUGCCUUUGCACCAGUAGCAAAUCCUACGAAGUGUCCUUGGGGACAGAAGGCGUUCACGAAUUAUCUAGGUGGCAAUAAAUCUGAUUGGGAGGAUUAUGAUGCCACUUCUCUUGUAGGGAAGUAUCCCAACGUAUCUGCCACUAUUUUGAUUGAUCAGGGGGAAGAUGACAAAUUUUUGCAUGAUCAACUGUUGCCUCACAAGUUCGAAGAGGCGUGCAAGAAUGGCAAUGUUCCACUGCUGUUACGUCUUCAACCUGGUUAUGAUCACUCCUACUAUUUUAUUGCCACCUUCAUUGAUGAUCACAUUAAGCAUCAUGCCCAAGCUCUUGGACUCAAUUAAGUUGUGUGCACUGUGAUGAUUUACAACUGUUCUGUUUUACUUUACUGAAUCUACUCUAUUAUUUGGGAGCUGUGAUACUUUGACUAUGUGAUUUGGAAUUUCUUUCAUGUCUUCAUGCCGGUUGUAUCGAACGCUUUCCCUACUCAACAAACUAAUAUUCACCCUAA